UACGUGUCCACCUCCAUGACUUUAUCUCGCCGACAUGGUCACGGCCCUCCUAUAAAAUCACCACACCAGACACUGCUAAAUCAACAACACUCAUCACACCCAACCAUCAGCUUUCAAUCCAGCUACCAGUUCCCGUCUCAGCAUCAGCACACGGAUUUCUCCUCGGGCCAACCUCCGGAUCCAUCAACAAUGGCGAACUCUGUCUCCGGGGUGGCGGUGAAUGAGGAGUGCGUGAAGGUGUUCCAGGAGCUGCGGGCGGAGCGCAAGCACCGGUUCGUGGUGUACAAGAUGGACGACGACGCGCAGCAGGUGGUGGUGGACAAGGUGGGCGCCCUCGACGCCACCUUCGACGACCUGGCGGCGGCGAUGCCCGCCGAUGACUGCCGCUACGCGGUGUACGACCUGGACUUCGUGUCCGAGGACUCGGCGGGGGACACGCCGCGGAGCAAGAUCUUCUUCAUCCACUGGUCGCCGGAGUCUGCGGACGCGAGGAACAAGAUGCUGUAUGCCAGCUCCACGGAGGGGCUCAAGAAGGAGCUGGACGGCGUGCAGAUCGACGUGCAGGCCACCGACGCCAGCGAGCUCACCCUCAACAUCCUCAAGGACUACACCACCUAAUUAAGCUAAUCCAUCCCGUACGCGCGCACGAUCGGUCGGCGCCUGGAUCCAAAUAAUGUUUUUCCAUGUGUAGUGGUUUGUGAAUGAUUGGGUUUUCCUUUUUACUUCCUCGAGAUUGAUAAUUGAGUGCUUGAUCUAUUCCUUACCAGAAAAGAAACUUAUAAUGACAGCAA